GACAAGAGAUCAAUGGCAUCUGCUAAUUACAAAGCUUCUCCACCAUUCUUCUUUCUUUCCACUCAACAACAAGUAGCAAUGUUAUUAUUAUCAUUAUGUCUUGCUUUGAUGUUGCCUUUCAUCACAGGUACUAAUCAUACUACCAGAGGCUGCAUUGAGGCCGAACGAGACGCCCUCCUCUCAUUCAAAGCUGAAAUCACAUAUCACAAGGUUGAUGAUCCCAUCUCUUCAUGGGGCAAUCAGACUGAUGAUUGCUGCCAAUGGGCCGGCGUGCGUUGCGACAACGAUUCUGGUCAUGUCCUCAGCCUCAACCUCCAACGCAUGCCACCACCAGAAUAUGAUGAUGAUUUUAUUCAUUUUUGUAGUGAGAGGUGUGGUUUUGAGUGGGGGCUGAGUGGUAACAUCAGUGAAUCUCUUAUUGGCCUCCGGCAUCUCAAAUACUUUGAUCUCAGUUUCAAUUGCUUCCAGAGUAUCUCCAUCCCAAAGUUGCUGGGUUCGUUGGAGAACCUAGUUCAUCUCGACCUUAGCUACGCUUGCUUCACUGGUGUCAUACCCGAUGAGCUCGGUAAUCUCACCAAGCUACGUAACCUCAACCUGUCAAGUGAUGAAGGACUCAAGGUUAAUGGUGCUGAGUGGCUAUCUGGUCUAUCUUCCCUGAGAUACUUAUCUAUCGAUGGUGCCAACUUUUCUGGAGUGAACAACGUCAUGCAAUCACUCAACAAGCUUCAUUAUUUAAAACUGGUUUCUUUGUUUGACUGCAGAAUGAACAGAAUCCCUGAGUCUUUCCCAAAUCUCAACUUCAGCUAUCUCACCUUCAUGGAUAUUGGAUGGAACAAUUUCCACAACACUUGCAUCCCCGAAUGGCUCUUCAAAAUUCCCAAUCUACGUCAUCUCAGCAUGACAGACUCUGGGUUGAUUGGCAACAUCCCUUCCUCCAUUGGAAACGCAACUUCUCUUCAAUUUCUGGACUUGUCCUCCAAUGAAGGAAUUUCUGGUGAUAUGCCAAGAGGAUUUGGUGACCUCUGCAAUCUCCAGUCACUCCACUUGGAUGGAACUUUUAUGGGGAAGAGAUUGGAGGAUUUCAGAGAUGCAUUCUCUGGAUGCAUCAGACAAAGUUUGAAUGUGCUUUCAUUUCAAUUUAGCUCGCUAAAAGGUCCUUUGCCAGAUUGGUUGGGUGAACUCAGAAAUCUCACAUUUCUCGAUAUUUCAUCUAAUCCCUUCAACAGCUCCAUUCCUGCAUCUAUUGGCAAACUAUCACAACUGCAAAAAUUGUAUCUUUAUAGUAGUGCAUUAAAUGGCUUCAUCCCUGAAUCCCUGGGAAGACUCUCAAGCUUGCAACAUUUGGAUCUUCAUGACAACACUUUAAAUGGUUCCAUCCCUCAAUCCUUGGGAAGACUCUCAAGCUUACAAUAUUUGGAUCUUCAUGACAACACUUUAAAUGGUUCCAUCCCUCAAUCCUUGGGAAGACUCUCAAGCUUACAAUAUUUGGAUCUUAGUGACAACAACUUCAACUACUCUGUUAUCACUGAAGCUCAUUUAGCCAAUCUCACAAGUCUCGGGUACCUGUCUCUUAAUCAUUUUGUUCUCAAUAUAAGCACUAAUUGGAUUCCAGUCUUUCAAGCUUACGAGAUACACUUAUCUUAUUGUCACAUCGGACCAAAAUUUCCAGUUUGGUUAGCCAACCAAGUAAAUCUUGCCGUUUUGGACAUAUCCAAUACUAGAAUCAAGGAUUUAAUGCCUGAUUGGUUUUGGAACAUCACCGAAACAAUGGCUAUCUUAGAUGUCAGCAAUAAUGAAAUCAAAGGAAGACUGCCGCAACGCUUGAAAUCUCAAGACGAAGGAUAUGAUUUAAGCAUACUCCUAGGCUCUAAUAGCUUUGAGGGAUCUGUUCCUUAUUUCUCUCCUGAUGUCUAUGCAUUAGACUUAUCCAAUAACCAAAUUUCAGGAAACAUUCCCUCUGAUCUUGGAAUCUUUGAUGGAAGAACACCUCAGCUCAACUACCUCUUUUUAUCUUCAAACAACUUGAGUGGUAUUAUUCCAAACUCAAUUUGUGAUUUGGUGGGCCUUGUGUUAUUGGAACUCUCCAACAAUCACUUGGAAGGAGCUAUCCCGAAUUGCUGGAACAAUUUGACAAGCCUACGGUAUCUCAUAUUGGCAAACAACUCACUAGCAGGGGAGGUUCCAAAUUCUCUUAUAAGUUCAUCUCAAUCUUUGGAAGUGUUGCACUUAAGUAACAACCAACUGCGUGGAAAGUUUCCAUCAUUCUUGAAGAAGUGCACUUUCAUGACCACUCUUGCUCUUGACCACAACAGUUUAUCAGGCGAGAUUCCAAGUUGGGUGGGAAAAACCAUGACUUCAUUGAUGAUCCUGACCUUGAAAGAAAAUAACUUUUCAGGUAACUUGCCUUUAUUAUCCAAUCUCACAUCACUUCAUUUCUUGGAUAUUUCCCACAACUCAUUUGUAGGGUUCAUACCGAAAUCGUAUGGUAGCCUCAUGGGCAUGAUAAAUGUUAGUAUGAAUGGUGGAGCAAGUUUUCCUUCUAAUACACAGGAAGGGCUUAUAAUUAAGAUCCUUGUUUAUAUCAAAGGAAUAGAACUUCAAUUUGGAGUCACUCUUUCAUCCCUCAAAUUCUUAGAUCUCUCUGCAAAUAAUUUAUUAGGCCAAAUCCCAAAAGAAAUAGUAAAUCUAGUUGGAUUGCAAAACUUGGAUUUAUCAUGUAACAAUCUGUCAGGUGAGAUCCCUAUAGAUAUUGGUCGAAUGCAAUCAUUGGAAUCUCUUGAUCUCUCAAGAAAUGAGCUCAUUGGGGCAAUUCCUCCAAGCCUCUCUACAUUACAUUUUCUAGGAAGCUUGAAUCUUUCAUACAACAACUUGUCUGGAAAAAUCCCAUAUGCUAGCCAAUUGACCACUUUCAAUGAUCCAUCCAUUUAUGCUGGCAAUCUUAAUCUAUGUGGAGCUCCUCUAAGUAAAAAUUGCACAAGUGAGGAAUCACCAUCAAACAGCCAUGUUGAUGAUCAAGAAGACGAUGAUGAUAAUGAUAAUCCAACUAUUUGGUUUGGCAUUGGCUUGAUGUCUGGGUUUGUGGUUGGAUUUUUGAUAGUGUUGAUAACACUGCUGUUCAAAAACGAAUGGAGGUAUGCAUAUUUCAGGUUUAUGGACCACAUGUAUGACAUGAUGUAUGUAAAGAUAGUAAUCACCAUAAACAAGAUCAAGAGAGCUUUAGCUGUGAUGAGCUGAUCAAUAUAAUUAGUAAAAGCUAUCUAUCGCUAAAUUACUGUUGUAUUACUAGCUUUAAAUAAUGGCACCAAAGCUACUCUUCAUGAAUGUAUGAGCAAUUCUCUAUUUAUUUUCA